CUAUUACGUCUUUUGUACAUAUAUACACACACUCAAUAUUAUCUCUUUUUUUGGUUUUUUUUUUUUAUUUUAAUAAAACUUUAAUCAUAUAUUUAAAAUGUCCGAAUCACAAUUAAAAAAAGUUCUCAAAGAAAAUGAAACCUUAAAAGCUCAAUUAGAAAAAUCAACCAAUAUUCUUAAAGUUUCAGAAGCCUGCGAAAGUUUACAAGACUAUUGCACCAAAACAGCUGAUCCAUUUGUUCCAGGUUGGAGCGGCGAAAAUGAAUGGACUAAACCACUCAAAGGAAAUGGUUGUUCUGUUUUAUAAAAUAUUCAUUUAUAUACAUUGUAUUAUAUAGAACCUUAAAAAAAAAAAAAAAAAAAAAUUAAAAAAAAAAGUAAAAAGCAAAAAGAAAAAUCUCAAGAUAGUUCAAAAAAGCAAACAAGUAAUAGUAAUAAUAACCAAACCAAUAAUAAAAUGAUAAUAAACAAAACUCCCUCUUAUAAUUGUUUUUUUUUUUAAACAAUAAAAAAUAAAAAAAUAAAAAUAAAAAAAUAAAAUAAAUUAUAUAGUGU